CUCACUCUCUUUUUCCACACUUGGCACAUUUUCUCUCUUUCAACACAGGAGAAGAAACAUAGCCUUGAAAAAAAUGGCCGUUUCUUUCUCCUCUUUUCUCCACCACUUUCUCCUGAUUGUCACCCUCUUCUCCGCCGCCACCACGGCGUUCCCCGGCCACCGUACCCGCCGUGUCGCCUCUCAUAACUACAAAGACGCCCUCACUAAAUCUCUUAUUUUCUUUGAAGGCCAAAGGUCAGGCAGACUUCCACCCAACCAGAGGAUGACUUGGAGGAAAGACUCUGGUCUUUCUGAUGGUGCAGCCAUGAAAGUGGAUUUAGUAGGAGGGUACUAUGAUGCAGGGGAUAAUGUGAAAUUUGGGUUUCCAAUGGCUUUCACCACCACAAUGUUGUCAUGGAGUGUGCUUGAAUUUGGAGGCCUCAUGAAAUCUGAGUUGGGAAAUGCUAAAGAAGCCAUUUAUUGGGCUACUGAUUAUUUACUCAAAGCUACUGCAGAACCAGAUGUUAUAUAUGUUCAGGUUGGUGAUGCAACAAAGGAUCAUGCUUGCUGGGAGAGACCUGAGGAUAUGGACACUCCAAGAACAGUUAUAAAGAUUGACAGGAAUACCCCUGGAACAGAGGUGGCUGCAGAAACAGCUGCUGCUCUAGCUGCUGCUUCUUUGGUUUUUAGAAAGUCUGACCGCUCUUACUCUAAGCUUCUCCUUAACAGGGCCAUCAGGGUGUUUCAGUUUGCUGAUAAGUAUAGAGGUUCAUAUAGCAAUGGGCUUAAGAAUUUUGUCUGCCCUUAUUAUUGCUCUUAUUCUGGAUAUGAGGAUGAAUUGUUGUGGGGAGCAGCAUGGUUACAUAAAGCCACAAGAAGCCCAAAAUACUUAAAUUACAUUCAAGCCAAUGGCCAAACAUUAGGUGCUGGUGAGACUGAUAAUACUUUUGGGUGGGACAACAAGCAUGCUGGUGCCAGAAUUCUGUUAUCCAAGGCAUUUUUAGUCCAAAAGCUGCAAUCACUUCAUGACUACAAGGGUCAUGCUGAUAACUUCAUAUGUUCACUAAUUCCAGGAGCAUCCUCCUCACAAUCUCAAUACACCCCAGGUGGUCUUUUAUUCAAGAUGGAUGACUCAAAUAUGCAAUAUGUGACUUCUACUUCAUUCUUGCUAGUCACCUAUGCCAAGUACUUAACCCAAGCCAAAAAGGUAGUAAACUGUGGUGGCUCAAUUGUUACCCCAAAACGACUUCGGUCCAUCGCAAAAAAACAGGUUGACUACUUAUUGGGAGAUAAUCCAUUGAAGAUGUCUUACAUGGUUGGAUAUGGUGCAAGAUACCCACUAAGGAUUCACCACAGAGGAUCAUCUUUGCCUUCCAUUUCUGCACAUCCUGCUAAAAUCGAAUGUGGGUCGGGCUUUUCGAUCAUGCAUUCCAAUACCCCUAACCCGAACAUACUAAUCGGGGCAGUGGUCGGUGGACCGGACGAGCAUGACCACUUCCCAGAUGUCCGUUCGGAUUAUUUCCAAUCCGAACCGGCUACUUACAUCAACGCACCACUUGUUGGUGCGUUGUCUUACUUGGCUCACUCAUUUGGGCAACUUUAGAAGAUUAAUUGUUUGACUAAAUUUUAGAGUCUUGAUUUUACUACUAUUGUGGGGUUUAUUUGAGGUAAUGGAAAACCAAAAUUCCUCGAGCCCUGAGACUAAAAAUGCGAUACGCAUAUAUCUAUAUAUAUAACUAUAUAUAUUAUUAUUAUUAAGUGAGUCUUUUUUAUUUGCUUUAGCAUAGUUCAAUGCAAAUGUAAGACGUGCAAGAACCGGCGUUAUUAGUUUUAGCCGAAUGUAUUGGCAUGAAUGUUUUUAGAAAUUAUUAUUAUUGGAUUAUCCUAUUUUCUUCAAGAA